GUUCAAUAUAGAACUAUGUAGUGACUUCCGCUGGGGCUAAUUCGCGAUUUCAACAAACACAGGGGUCCAAAUUGAAGUUUACCUUUUCUGCCACAAACCAAAUUUCACCUGACCAAAAACCCUAGAGAGAGUGGGGAGAAAACAGAGACAGAGGGGGGGAGAGUGAGCGAGAGGGAGCUACACCAGUUCCGCGACAGGGAGAAAUCUUGUAGUUAGCCAAGGAAAUGGAUGCGCUGAGGAAGCAGCUGGAUGUUCUGAUGGGAGCGAAUCGUAACGGGGACGCUCAAGAGGUGACGCGGAAGUAUUACGAUCGCGAUGUCUGCCGCCUCUACCUCGCCGGUCUCUGUUCUCACGAGCUCUUCCAGCUCACCAAAAUGGACAAGGGACCUUGCCCCAAGAUUCACUCGCUGCAACUGAGGAAAGAAUAUGAGGAAGCAAAAGCAAAAGGCGUUGAUAAUUAUGAUCGAGAUUUGGAGGAUAACAUAGACAGACUUAUAGUUGAGUGUGAUCGUAAGAUUGCUAGGGCGUUGAAGCGACUUGAUGAAGAGGAUGCAAAAGCUGCCAUUGCAAUCUCAGUAUCUGAAGUCACCCUGACACCGGAGAUCACUGAGUUGUCAAAGCAAAUUAAAGAAAAGCUGAAAGAAGCUGAUCAAUCUGAUCUUGAAGGCAAGACAGACGUGAAGAUUCGAGCUCUGGAAGAGGUUGAAGAACUAAGAACUAAAAGGGCAGACAUGCAGUCAAUGCUUCUUUUGGAUGCUUUCAACAAGGAUCGAGCAUCUCUUCCUCAACCUCUGACUAAUGCUCCACAAUUGACGCCCUUGCCAGCAGCUGUUCCAGAUCCUCGCAUUCAAGAAAUGAUUAACGAAAAGCUAAAGAAAGCUGAAGAUCUUGGUGAACAAGGAAUGGUAGAUGAGGCACAAAAAGCAUUGGAAGAGGCUGAAGCCCUCAAGAAGCUUCCAGCCCGUCAAGAACAAGUGGUGGAUUCUUCCAAGUACACAGCAGCUGAUGUGCGCAUUACUGAUCAAAAGCUCCGUGUCUGCGACAUAUGUGGGGCAUUCUUGAGUGUAUACGACAGUGAUCGCCGUUUAGCAGAUCAUUUUGGCGGAAAGCUCCACUUAGGCUACAUGCAGAUUCGUGAAAAGUUGGCUGAACUUCAGGAAGAGAAAGAAAAGAAGCGUAAAGCCUAUGAAGAAGAGAAAAGGUCUAGGGAUAGAAGGAGCCAUGACCGUGAUAGGGAAUCCAGCAGGGACUGUGAUAGAGGUGAUAGCCGUGACCGUGGAAGAGAUCAUGAUCGCAGGAGCAGAGACCGGGACCGUGGUUAUGACAGAGAACGUGAGAGGGAAAGAGAUCGUUCUCGCAGCUAUGACUCAAGGGGUCAUCGAAGAUCUCGAUCUCGUUCAAGAGAACAUUCAAGAGAUUAUGAUCGUCACAGGUUUGUAUUGAUGCCUUAUAUUCUCAUGCUUACGUCUGUUUAAAACCACUUCAUGUAGGUAAUUGCUGGAAAAAUAGUGAUGCAUCAUUUGGCUGGCUUUUAUAAAUACUCAAAAACUGUGAGUUUUGUAGUUCCUUUAUUCAUUAACGUACAGUACCUUUGACAUGAAACAUUUUCUGCUACCCAGUUGCAUACAUAGGCACAUAGAACCCUUGAAAUGGUAACAAUAUCCCUAGGUAGUUGUUUUUUUUCCUUUUUGGGUGAAAUCAGAGUCCUUAUUUAUGUAUUGGUGGAAAAUGCAUAUUGCAUACUCCAGGAAACAUAAAGAAGCAACCAUGCAUAUAGUUUAAUAUUAGGAAAUGUGAACAUGGGUGGCUAAAGAUAACCUCAUGAGUUUUCAGAGUUGGUUUGUACGACAUGUUUAAAUUUUAUGAUGUGUUGAGCCUUCAGAAUGAUUUCGCUCUUGCAGUUGUUUGCCUUGAGAUGAAGAUCUCUGUGAAUAAACAAUCUAUUUUCUUUUCAUAAUGUUGCCUCUUGUUUAUGUAACUAUUCUGAUGAUCUACGUACCAACUCAAUUUUCGACAUGAUUCUCUUUGACAUUUCGGAUUUGAAUUUCCUUUUUGUUCUUCCAUCAGGCAUUAUGAUCGUUAUUAGCUGGACAACGAGCGUCUACAAGUCAAGUAGGAUGCUUUCAUCAUGACAUGAAGGCUGUGGUAUUCACCUCUAACGAUGCUGUCUUUUUUGCUUUGAAUGAAUUUUGAAUUUAAUUUGCUAGUGAACCGAUGCUGUAUGUAAGAUAGUUGUGUGAAAUUGCAAAUAAUUCAUUUCAUGAGCCAA